AUUAAAUGCUGUUGCUUUAAAAUUUCUCUUUCAAAACUGCUUUUAUAUUUAGUGUGUAUGUGAAUAACAUGUGAAACCAUCUUUCUCUGGUGUAUGUCGACUAAAUUCUUUCUAGCGUUUAAAUUAAAUAUUUACUUAUCAAUCACUUUCAUUUUUAUUUUUACAAAAAAAAAACAACUGUCCCGCUGACAAAUGACAUUUAAAUCUCCGCAAAAAAAAAGAACACCGAGGAUGGAUUAAUCAAGUAGUGGCUAAUAAAUAAUUCCAGAUAAAUUUUUGAAUGAGUACAAAUGAACACAAUGUGCAUUUCAUGGAUUUAAAUUUGCCGGGUUCAAUGUUCACGAAACGCUGAGACAGUCAAACAAAAAAAACCUAUUGAACAAGUAUAGAAAGAUUUAAACACUAUGCUGCCUUCACAACCAUGGUUACAUGAUAUAACAAUGAGAAUAUUUAUAAGUUUUCUAGUGGUCUGCACUAGCCUGCAUCAAACUUUCACUAAACCAUUGGACAUUGAAUCAGAUACACCGUUGACAAUCAGUUUUAAUCCACCGGCAGAUCAAGUCCUUCUCAAUGAACCAUUAAUUAUUCGUUGUGAAGUUAACACAAUGAGCAAUGAAAGAUUAGACUCGAGCAAUAAAAAUAUUCUCAGUGGAUAUAGUAUGUUUUUUCUAUGUCCAAUAGCACCAUGGGGUAAAUUUUGUUUUCAUAAUUGUCAAUCGGCGUGUGUUGGUGAAAAUCCCGGUAAAUGCCCCUACGAAAAUGAAUUAGGCUUAGUUAAGUGUCGUACUGUUGUUACACAAGAAGGACAUAUCUUCUAUGAAUAUACAAUACCGAGUUUAACUAAACCAUGGCUUGGAUUAGACCUUUCAGACAGCAAAAACCCCAGCAAUAAUAAUGAUGAUAUUGCUGGGAAAGAUUAUGAAAAGAAAAAAGGAUUUUCUUGUAAAACAGCUGGAUUAAAAACACCAAAUAUUCAAUUGAUUUUAGCAAAACCACCAGUCACUACACCGAAACCUGUUCAGCUAUCACCAUUAACUACACAGCCGGCAAAAACACUGACAGUAAUAAAUCCUACAAAUAAAAGCAUUUCUGAUAAAAGUGGAAAAUUAAAUCAGGAUGCAGUGAAUCCCAAAACACAAGAAGAUGUAAAUCAGUCUAUAAGAGCAAUAAAUGCUGACCUUAAAGCUGCCUUAACACGUGAAAUCCUGAUUGUUGGCGCGGUUAUCAUUGUGUUCAUUUCAGUUAUAGUGAAUGUGUUCUGCUGUAUUCGAUGUGCACUGAUUCGACAGUAUUCGAAAACAAAAGAUCGUGUUCACAUGCAACAUUUAUUCUGUAUGGCUGAAGAGAUACGUAAUGCUCGUAUAGUGAAACAGAUCAAUGGAAAAGGUCGUAGUUAUCGUGAUCGAUUGGAGAGUCAUCAAAGUCCACAUUACCAACAACAACAACAACAGCAGCAGCAGCAGUUACGCCUAACCAAUUUACUUCAUGAUGGCAGUACCCCAGGCGGUGGUAGUAGUCUUCUGAUGAUGAAUAAAAUUCAACCACAAGUCAACGGUUAUGAAUCUUAUCAACCUUCUGUAGACUAUGGGUCAGAAUAUGUAACCAGUCUGAAUUGUCCAGUCGUAGGUUAUAGUGAUAAUCAAUCCUCUGGUCUACCGGCAGAUAUAAAUCUACGUUACCUACCUGAUGGUAAGUCAGGGAAUCGACAGUCAAUGUCUGCUUUCUCUUUAGUCCAUGGUCAGUUACCAAUGAUAUGGCCCAAUGGCAACAACAACAACAACAUUUCUAGUGACUUACAUCGUCGGUCAAUUUCCAGUGUACAAAGAGGCGGUGGGAAUUCUAUCUCAUCACAUGCAUCACAACAACAAAUUGCUGCAGCUGUUACCAAUUUCUACUUACAACAUCAACAACACUUUAUGGAGCUACAGAAUCAUUUGAAUAAUACCACAGCAGAGACGAGUACAGUCAAUCAAAUUGGCUCAGAGGGUAUGGGUUCGUGUUUCGGUAGUAUUGGUCAACCGGAUUCAAGUAUUCUCUCUGACUUGAAUGUAAUCCCGACGAAUUCUGGUGGGCCAGACAGUGGUAACGGUGAUUCCAUAAUCACAUCAAACUUAGUUAAUAAUAAUAAUUCUCCAGUGACCAUGAACAGGAGCAAUGGUAAUAAUAAUAAUAAUAACAGUAAUAAUGUGUUUCUAAAGGGUAAAUCAUCUCCAUCACGUACCUCUAUAACUACAGUGAAUAACCAAUCAAAUUAUUUGAUUUCAACUGAUCAUACAUUUAAUCCAACCAAUCAAAUUUCAGCAAAUUUUAGAAAUGUAUCACCUAUUGUCAAUCGAUCUCAACCGAUUGGAUCAUCCCAGUCUCAGUUAGCUGUACUGAUGAAUAAGCUGAACUAUACAAAUUCUUCGAAUCCACAAAUACUGCCCAAUAUGUGUACUAAUGCAUCGACACCUGUUGGAACAUUGAACUCACAAUCUGACAGUGGAGCAGGUUCAGGUAGUGGAAAAGUGUCUAUUGAUUCAUCAGAGAAUCGGAUAAAUCCGUCAAAAAAUGACUAUGUUAUUUAUAAUCCAUCUGAUAUGCAGGUGGUCGAUAAUAAAUAACCAGCAUAGAUAUUAUUAUUAUUACUACUACUGAAAUCUGUCUCCUGUAUGAAGACUAAAGACAAUGAACAUUCUGCUUUUAUACUAUCGAAUCAAUAAUAUCACAGUAUUAUCUUGCCUUGAAAUGACUAUUCAUUUUCGACCGAUCAGUGUGUCUUGUUUAAAUGAACUAAAUUACCGAUAUAUACUAGUCAAAAUUUUCGCCUUUCGAAUGAUUAUAUACAUUCAAACAAAUAAAAGAAGAAUAGAAACUAAUAUCAUUUUUAUAUUUAUUUAAAAAACUUUUCUAAGCAAUAAUUUUUCAUAAAUUAUUUGAAAAUAAAAUUUCUUAUAUCAAAAACUAAAAAUGCAACGAGCACCAUGAAUACUUACAUGUUUACUGACAAUAUUUAUUUAACUCAUUAUAUAUUCCUGAAUAUCUAAAUAAGUAAUUUAUUUCGUUCCUUUUUUAUCAGAAGUAUUCAGACAAUUGUGUUAAUUGCUUAAAUUCUGUUAUUACAUAAUUGGCUGACUCUCUCUUCCUCUCUAUCACUAUACUUCGCUGAGUUUAGGUUUUCUAAACAGCGAAUUUCAGAAAGGGUAUUCUAUGUAUCCAACAACGGUACUUUAUAAAGCUGUUUUUCUAAACAUCUGACAAAUUCAGACGAUGUAAUAUGUAAUUAUUUAUAGAAAUAAGUAUAAAUAAAAAUGACUGUUAUUGAAA